UGUUAGCCUCAUUCACACAGACCGAAGCUAUUUUUGGUAAAAAAUUGGUUUUUCUUCUUCUCCUUCUCCUUAUAUAUGGUUUAGCAAAACAAUUGGUUCUUAAACAGUCAUUGGUCAUUGUUCACUUCAAUCGUUUAAGACAUAACGCGCUAUGGACUUUAAACUUGAUGAGAAAGUAGAAUAUAACGAAUAUAACCAGCCUUGGGUUAAGGAAUCCGAGGAUAAAUUUGACAUGGACCCACUUAGCCCCUUGCAAAGGGCGAUAUCCUCAAAGAUAUCUGAAGUUAGAAAGUAUAACUGGUUCAGGCUCUAUGGCGCAGAGACGCCCAACCUCAUCGCUGUUAAACCAAAUGAAGAGUUUAAGAAUAUGAGUAUGAAUAAGGUUAAGGAGAACACCCAUUCUCUGAAGAUCGAGAACCAGUUGUUGAACUUGUUCAUUAUAAUAUUCACACUGCUUGCAACUUUUCAGUUUGCUCUCGUGCUUAUAGUGAGAUUUGACCUGGACCUCCUCGAAUGGGAUUACCAUGUGUUAUUCCAUUAUUCUUAUCUUAUUCUCCUAUUAAUUGGGAAAUGUUUGACAUAUACAUUUAUGGCUUCUUUCUUCUUAAGAGUAUAUAUCGGUAUUAAGUUGUUCAAGGACAGUGUUAAGACCAAUGUACUGAUGAAGCUUAUAAAGAUGCAAUUUGUUGGUUUCCUAGCCUCAUCACUCGUUGCCAUAGGUAUCCUGUCUGCAGAUAUGGUGUUGAAGUUCUUAUUAACAGAGUUGGAGGUUAUUAACCAGGAUGAAACUCUGAUAAACACAAAAGUACUAUCAAUGGUUAAUUGGAUUACAAAAAUGGAUUGGGUGUUUUACUCCACAGUAAUAGCUGGCCUAGUACUGAUGGGGUUUAGAAGACUGGUGAAAUAUCUUGCAUGAGUAUUUGGA